AAUUGUUUCGCUUUGGCAGCAAGAAACGCACCGGCGUCUGCAUCUGCAAUGCCCAGUGCCGGCUGCAGUCGCUCGGCGAGGGUGCCGCGCUUACGACAACGCAUCACGGCUCGCUGGAUCGCCUGCUCCAGCAACAGCAACAACAACAACAACAACAGCAGCAGCCACAACAGCAACCACAACAGCAACCACAACAGCAACCACAACAGCAACAACAACAGCAGCUGCCACCGAAGCAGCAGUCGAGCGGUGAACGUUGCAUAAGUUGGGUCGCUGAUAGCGGCGCCGGCGUCGGUGGUAUUCCCAGUUCCGAUGAGACCAGCGAGGAUAAGCAGCAAAAGAAACAGCAGCAGCAGCAGUUGGAGGAGGCGCCACCGCCACGCCCACCGGUGCGUCAUGGCGCCAGCAAGCCGCACAGCGUACGUGAGGAAUUCGAAAGGGGCGUGGAGGUGGAAAAGUUCUAUCACCAAAUCAACGGCGACAUCUUUGAGAUAACCCGACGCGUGCGCGCACGCGAUGAGGACACCAUGGAGCAGCGUUGCAUCCGGCGCAAGGGCUCCGUUCGCCUCACCGAGCCGCACUAUGUGCGUCUGCCCGACCAAAAGCCGCAGCUGCCGCCGCGUCGCCAAAAGAGCGCCGAGGAGGUGACAAUGCCAAAGAGUGCGCUGCGCCAGGCGGUGCCCGAGCAGCAGCUGGAGUGGUUCGAUCGCAAGGCACAGCAGCGUCAUUCCGCACGCUCCGCCGAGGGUGGGCAGGUGCGCGAGGAGACCAUGGAAUGGCUAAAGCUGCAGAAGAGCAGUGCCGUCCAACAGCAGGCGCCCGCGCGCACCUCCUCUGGCCCCAGUGAAAUCACCGUGCUCAAGGAUGAGCUGCCCGAUUGGCUGCUGGAGCAUUUGCCGCAUCAGCGCGAACGCCAGUCGACGACGGAGAAGCCCGUCAGCUCCGCGUAUGCCAAGGCAUUGGCCGAGCUGCUCAAGAAGCCACUCUCCCGCCAGAGCUCCGGACCCUGCGAAGUGUCGCUGCUGAAGACGGACAUAGUCGAAUGGCUGACCAAGAUGCAGUCGACAGCUGGCAGCAAGGCGUCCCGUCGCUCGCAUCAUCGCCGCAACGGCAGCAGCGGCGCUGCGCCGCGCUCCAACUCGCAGGAGGAUCACGCGGCCACGGAACAUGCGGCGCUGCAGCGCAAACGCCACUCGCUGGGCCACAGCGAUGAGGAGCAGCUGCAGCAGCAGCAGCGGCAGCAACAACAGCUGCCAACGCUGGACUGGAUUGCGUAUCCGCUGAACAAGCUGCAGUCGCUGGGCAAACAGCCGCCGCCAUUGGCGACGACCGUGCCCAGCGGCUAUGAUGUGCCUGUGGCUGCCACACACACGCAGCUGUGCCAGGAGCAGCGGCGACGCGAGGAGCGCUCCCGGGAGCGUCGACUGCGCCACUCGGCCAGCGAGGUGGUCAGCAGCGGAGCGCCGGCGUCCAGUACAAGCGCACACCUGGAUCGACUGGAGCGUCUCUAUGCCAAGCCGCACAAGGAACGCUAUCAGUAUGUGCCCAAGGUAACGCCGCCCAAGGAAACCAUCACCACCCACAUCAGCACCCACACCAGCAGCUCCGGCAAGUCCAAGCGCGAGCGUUCGCGUCGCCAUCAGACGCAGCGUUCCGCGACCGUGACGGACAUGUCCGCUCAGCGUUCCAGCGGCAGUCACAAGCGCAAAUCCUCGAGUGCGGAGCGUGCGCCCCGCUCCCGUUCGCCGUCGCCCUGCACAGAUCCCGCCUGCCCGCUGCUGCCCAUCUGCACAGAUCCGCACUGCCGCUACCAGGAAUGCCAGCGGCGACGCUGUCUCACGACCUCGGCCAGCUCGGUGAAUCUGGCGCGGCACCAGCAACUGGCCCAAGUGCAGCUGCAUGCGGUGCCCGCACAUUUGAUGGGCGGCUCCGAUGCGACAACGCCUUCGACAACGGCCACGCCACCACCACAACAACAACAACAACAACUACAACCACUAACGCCAGCAGCUGUUGUGGCACCAAUACCGGAGCGCCGUCUGGUCAUCUGCCACGAGUGUCGGUCGUGCGCGCCGCUGCUCAGCUGCCAGAAUCGCAAAUGCCUCAAUGCCGCCAAGUGCAACUCACUGCCUCGCUGUGCCGCCGAUUUCAAUCGGUUGCGCACUUCACUCGCCCAGCCGCCGGCGACACUUGAUGACAUUGAGCCGGCGCCGCUUGAACUGGAACAGCAGCCGUUGCCGUUGCUGCCGCCUGCCUCGCCCACACGCCACAUGCAACAUUAUCGCAGCAAUUCGCAGCCGAAUACGUUGCAGCGCGGCGAUUCGACCGCCUCCAGCUGCGGCCUGGCCACAAAUCUCGGCUGGCUGGAGCCAGUGCAGCAGCCCUCGAACGGCCAUAUGCAUCAUGUGCUCAAUGGGAAUGGCAAACUGAUGAAGUCCGCAUCGGCUGCAUCGUUAAACUCGCGUCGACGGCGCCACAAGACCGUGCACUUUGGCGAGAAUCUGUUGCGUGAGGUGUGCCAGAAUCGUAAGCUCAUCAAGACGGAGCAGGUGCCAUCGGGCUCGGCGCCCAUGAAGGCCAACAUACAGAUGCUCUACAAUUUUGUGGAGGGUGUGCUUAGCGCCUGGGUGGACGACGAUGAGGAUCAGGUGCGUUCCGGCGCCGAAUCGGAACCGGAACACGGCCUCGUCGCUCUCCAGCCCAUACACCGUUGCAAUCGGCUGCGCUAUCAGUGCAUCAGGCGUGUCGUCGAGGAGGCAGCCGAUCUCCAGGGCACCCUCAAGCUGGGCAACUCACGGUAUCGCCAUCGGCACUGGCGCAGCACCGCCAAGCAGUGCAACGAAAUGUUCCUUCGCAAGAUCUCGGACGAUGAUCGAAUGAGCCUAACUACUGCCGUUUCGGAUGAAGAUGAUGGCGAAAGUGUCAUGGCGUCACCAUAUAAAGCAAAAGCCACUGGCACCGCUGCAUCCUCCUUCAACUGCACGGGCGCUGUGCGUAAAGCUGGCUUUCUAUCGGUAAAGAAAUGGUUAUUACGCAAGAAGCAUCAAAUCGAGCUGGCUCGCAAACGUGGCUGGAAGGGCUAUUGGGUGUGCCUAAAGGGCACCACUCUCCUGUUCUAUCCGUGCGAUUCGCGUGAGGGUCGCAGCGUUGAGGCAGCGCCCAAGCAUUUAAUUAUUGUGGACGGAGCAAUUAUGCAGCCAAUACCGGAGCAUCCCAAGCGCGAUUACAUAUUCUGUUUGAGCACCGCAUUCGGUGAUGCCUAUCUGUUCCAGGCGCCCUGUCAGGUGGAGCUGGAGAAUUGGGUAAAUAGCAUACACAGCGCCUGUGCCGCUGCAUUUGCACGUCAUCGCGGCAAAACGGGCACGCUGCAUCUGCUGCAGGAGGAGAUCUUUCGCCUGGAGAAGGCCAUUGAAUCGGAUCACAAGCUGAAGCACAUGGCUGAGCUGCAGCAAUCAGUUGUCACCGAUCAGGAGACGCGCCAUCAAAUUCAGGCACAGAUUUUGCAAUGGGAGGAAAACCUUGAGCGCCUGCACUGUGAACAGUUCCGACUACGCUGCUAUAUGGCCUCGCUCCAGAGCGGCGAGCUGCCCAAUCCAAAGUCACUGCUCACACACGUGUCGCGGCCGACGAAGAACACUUUAAAUAAAUUGGGAGUUUUUACGGUGUCCUCGUUCCAUGCCUUCAUUUGCGCCCGGUCGCCGUCGCUGCUCAAUAAUCUGUUGGCUGGACGUGGUGCCACCAAGCGACGACCUCCGAUGUUAUCUCGCUCCAAUAGCGGCUCCAGUCGCCGCUCCAUGCAGAUGAAUUCACGUGACGAGCCGGAAAAAACCUUCAAAGUUGCAAUGCCCGACAAUGCUUACUCGACAGUUUAUCUACGUGACGCGAUGUCUGUGGAGGAAUUCCUUGCCAGCGCCUGCGCCCGUCGCAACCUCAAUCCCAUGGAGCACUUUGUGCGCGUCAAGAAGCGACGUGACAUGGAGGAUCACAAUUACUUUGUGCCACAUCGCAAUGAUCUGAUUGAAAAUUAUCUACAUAAUCACGAAUUUGUGGAGGUCUGCAUGAAAAUACUGUACCAGGUGGAGCUGCAGCGCACCACAUUGGAGCAAAUGUGGGGCUUCUCGGUGGAAGCGGAGCUGAUUGAGAAUGCCGAACGGCAGGACGAGCUCUGUUGCUAUGUGAGCCGCGUCGAGGACAAAAGUGUCGCCAUGCACAAUGGCAUUAUCAAAGGAGACGAAAUAAUGGUCAUCAAUGGCGCGAUUGUUUCUGAUCUAGAUAUGAUGUACUUGGAGAGCGUUCUGCAGGAGGAGCAAUCGCUCAGCAUGAUGAUGCGCUCGUCACGCACCGAGCCGCCAGAUCUAGUAGGCAUUAUGCGUGUGACGGACGAUAUGAUUGACUCUCUGGUGUGCCCGCCGCCGCCAACAGAUCCGCCAGUGAUGAGCGAGGAGAUGAUAACUGGACUGAUUGUGCCAGCGCCCGGUUGGAAUGGCACUGGCAAGGAUUUGUAUUCACCGGAGGCGGAAAGCUCGCCGGCGCCCUCAUUUGUGGAGCCAACUGUGGCGCAAUUGGCAGUUGGCGCAGGCGGCGGCGUCUCGGCAUUGGGCGUGGCCAAGCCAACCUCGCGCACCAGCAGCUUUGAAAUUGAGAAUCUGCUAAAGACCGCGGAACAAGUUACCGGAUUUUGUCGUUCACCUCAGGAAACACGCAAAUCGAGCCCCACGGGUUCAGUCACAUCGUCGGUCUCGACCACAGCGCUGACACCGUCGCGCCAACUAACCGAUGCCGAGAAACUGCGCAAAGUCAUCAUGGAGCUGGUGGACACGGAGCGCACCUACGUUAAGCACUUGAACAAUCUGCUCGAGCAUUAUCUGGAGCCCAUGAAACGCGAAACGUUUCUAUCGAAUGCGGAAAUUAAUGCGCUCUUCGGCAACAUACACGAGAUUGUCACAUUCCAGCGCCAGUUCCUGCAGAAUCUCGAGGAGGCGCUCGAACUUGAGCCGGAAUUCAAUAAAUUCGAGCACUGCGGUCAGUUUAGGAACGUCCUGUUUGCAAUCGGCUCCGCUUUUCUCUAUUAUGUCAAUCACUUCAAGCUGUACUCCUCGUUCUGUGCCAGCCACAGCAAGGCCCAAAAAGUUUUGCAUCCAAACGAGGGCAACCAUGCGCUGCAGGAGUUCCUUGCUGCACGCAAUCCCAAGCAGCAGCACAGCAGCACCUUGGAAUCGUAUCUGAUCAAGCCGAUACAGCGCAUACUCAAGUAUCCGCUGCUUUUGCAGCAGAUGCGUAAUCUAACAGAUACGCGCGCCGACGAGCACGUCCAUCUCUGCGAGGCGCUCAAGGGCAUGGAGAAGGUGGCGGAGCACAUAAAUGAGAUGCAACGCAUCCAUGAGGAAUAUGGCGCUAUAUUUGACCAUCUAUUCCGACAGCAUCAGAAGUCAUGCAAGCAGCCAAUCGAUUUGAGUCCAGGUGGGUUACAGCAAAAGCAUUCAAUAGCUACAUCAGCUUCAAAUGCCAAUGCAAAUGCUCCUCCCCCGCAAUGCUGCGCAUUCCCAGGCGAUUUGCUCUACUAUGGCGGCGUCGAGUGGCUAAACAUUUCCGAUUUUCUGGGCAAGAUCAAGAAAGGCCUGGAACUGCAUGCCAUGUGCUUUGUAUUCAAAUCGGCGGUUGUGUUCCUCUGCAAAGAGCGUUUGCGUCAAAAGAAAAAGCUAAUGGGCGUUUCGAGCAAAAAUGCACCAAACGAGGUCGAAAUUAUACGGUAUCAGGUGCUAAUACCCGUCACCGAGGUGCAGGUGCGCGCCAGCUCUGCCAAGGACAUGGACUCGCACUUCCUCUGGGAGCUAAUACACUUGCGUUCGCAGCUGCAGCGCCGCUCUGAGAAGGUCUAUGUGCUGUCGAAUAGCACCGCCGAUUUUCGCAAUGCAUUCCUCAAGACGAUCAGGCAAAUAAUACGCGAAAGCGUGCGGAACAUGUCAAUUCCCAUGAAGAACUUUGGCGGCAGCUCGGGUUCCGUUUCGGGUCUAUCCUCCCAGCUAGGUGGCUAUGCGGGCAACUCGCAAACGCUGGAGCGGCCCAAGCAGCAGAUCACCAUCGUUCAAGGUUCUCAUACGCUGGGCAAGCCAAAGAAGAAGUCCGGCUCACAGCGUCAUUCGGCCGGCAAUAUUGACUACGACAAUCUGUCAGGCAGCCAGGAGGGCGAUGAGCUGCCGCCAAAUAUGACCGGUGUGGUGCACUAUGUGCCACUCUCACACGCACAGCAGCUGCAGCAGCCGGGCGGCUUUCGCAGUCGCAGCAAGACCCUGGGUGAUGUGACAGAAAUCAUUUACACCUCCAUAGAUCCGCAACAGCCACAGCAGCAACAACAACAACAACAACAGCAACAGCAGCAGCUUGUGCAACAGUCGGUGGCGCCGCAUCCACAUCCGCAUCCGCGCGAGCCACCGCCGCCGCCCAUAAGGCAGCCGCAUUUGCACCAUCACAGCAGCGACAUUGAACGCAUCGAUCCGGGCACCAAAUCAGAGGGCGAGGAGGAUUCACAGCAGGGCACAAUCAGGCCCAAGGCUACGCUGGGCCGCACGCCCAAUCACCUGACGCUCAGCACCACAUCGACGCUCUCGGUGGGCAGCACUGGCAGCCAGGCGCGCUUGAUACAAUCAUCGCAUCCGCCGGCCAGCUAUCAGCCGGUGCUGAUGAAGGAUCUAGGGUCCCCGGUGUGGAAACCACGAGACAUGAUAAAUUUAGGCACAGAUCCACAGUCAACAACCCGCAAAGACGAUGUGAAAAAUUAAAUCAGAAAAAGCAAAACAAUACAUUUAGUAUGAAGCUAAGCAAACAUAAGAACUCUUAAAUAAAUUCUUUUGUUACAAUUUUAACUAAUCAAGUGUAAGAAACAACGGCAACAGUUCAAUCAAAGAACACAACACACAGAAACAAUACGAACUAACACUUUUUCCUCCCUCCCCCAAAAUCAAAAAUGAAGCAACUUGCAAAAAAAAGAAUAAAAAUAAAAAGAAUAAAAAUAAAAACCAAAAUAAAACUUUAUUUAUUAUUAACUAAUUAAUACUGAAACAAGUGUGUCAAAAUGUUAAAGUUGCUUUUGAAAAAGUGAAUAGUCUCGAAUUGUUUUUAAGCAUAAAAAAACAUCGAAUGAAAGAUAAAACAAAAUAUGAAAUAACAAACAGUUUGUUGUUUUUUGUUUACGUUUUUAAUGAGAGCGAAAAGAUGCUAACUUGCACAUCUUUUUCAAAAAGAAGACUUUGAUUUAUAAUAUCGAUUGUAUUUAAUGUGCAAAACAUAUAAUAAACGUAUAAUUAUAGCAAAGGAUUUUGAACAAAUUUAAUAAGGAUUAAAUAAAUAAAUAAAUAAAAAUGAAAAUGUGAACAAAUUCAAAUGCAUUUGUCGCUGAAAAAGACUUGAAAAUAAAUUUCGAUUUAAAUACAUUUAUUGAGGAGAAAACGUGAACAAAUUGAAACAUUGAUUGUAUUUAGGCUUAGAGAAUUUAAAAUGAAAACAAAACUAACAAUCGCAAACGAAAACCAAAAAACCAAAAACGAAAAUUUAAUAAAACACAAAUAAAACAAAAUAUAUUAAAAAUGCAACUUUAAACAAACGUUCUAAAAAGAUAAAAGAAAGAAAGAAGAAAAUCUUAGAGAAUUAAGCAACACGAACAGCAAAUCAACAUACACUCGAAUUAAAUCUAAAGCUGCAAUGCAAAAUGUUUAGUUUGUAGGAAGUACACUGAAAAAAAUUAAAAACAAAAAAAAAGAAAUAAGAAAAUACCAUACAGCAACCACAAAAGAAUACACAAAACAUACACACAUGAAAACAAAAUAGAAACAAUUUAGUCAAAAUGUUAAAUGGUAAACUAACAAGUAAUACUAACUAAAGACAAGAGAAUUCCAUACACUUUAACAAGAACAUAUUUAUAAACACACACUAAAUCGAAAUGAGUUUUGGGGAUUACAAAUCCCAGAAGACAAUGGUAAAUGCAGCAUUCAGCGCCAAAUACAGCAAAACCUAACUUGUUAAACGCGGGCAAACAUUUAAAUAAACCUAAAAACAAAACAAGAAUUAUAUAUAAAUAUAUAAGCGAGAACACGACAGCAAAAAAAAAAAAAAAAAAACUAAACACACAAGAAAACACUCUUCUAGCUAAAUUACAAUAAUAUUAUAAUUAAGAUCUUCACUCGAACACUUGCAAAAGAUGCGAAAACCAAAAUACAUGCGUAGGUAAAUUCCAUAGUUAAUGAAAACGAAAACGUUAAACCAAAUAUUGAGCACAAAUUUCCAUUUCUCCUGAUAGGUUUUGCUUUUUUUUUUAUAUGAGUUUUCAAUACGAAAACAAGAGUUUUCACAAACAGAAAGAAAAUAUUCUGCCAGAAGAAACAAAAUAAUAAUUAUAUUGGUUGUGAAUGCAGCUUGGAUGUUAUUCGAAUCAGGAAAACAAAAAAGAACCUAUCCAAUUGCUGAAAAAAUUCAAUGCAUUAACCAGCUCAUUAAUCCGGGGUACACUGCAAGUAGUUGGUGCAAUUGUGUGUCAAUUGCGAGGGGCUUUUGUUUCUAUUCUCUUUUUUUUCAGUGUACACUUGACUGGCAUUGUUUUAUGCGAGUUUCAUGUUUUCAUUUUUCAAUCCCAUUCAAGCACACACGUGUAGCAAAAAUCGAAACAUAAUCAAAACAUUUUUAGGUUUCCAAUCAAAUUGAAUUAAAUAUACAAUGAAAACUUCAAUUAAACUACAGACAGUAAAAACAAGCAAAGCGUAAAAAUCGAGUCAACAGAAAUUCUAAACAAAAUAAAUAUACAAUUGAUAAAUGGAUGAAUGUUAAUCAAACACAAAAAAAAAGAAGAAGAAAACACAAAAAAUUAAAGCAAAAUACCAAAUCACAACAUUUUAACAUAAUUUUUACUGUUUAUAUAAGUUUGACAACAACAAAAAGAAAGAAAAAAACAAAAUGUAAGCAUAAUAAAUAAUAAUAUAAAUAAUAAACAGAAAAGCAGUCAGCAGUUUCUUGCGGGAAACUUUAGUCAAAUGAAAUAGUUAAAUUAUAAAACUUAUUUAAAGAUGGUUAAGUAUAUGAAUCAUUCGAAAUAGUAUAAACUUUUUGUACACAUUUGACUAUUUUUAAUGCAUUUUAAUAACAAUUUAUAUAUACAUAUAUAAAUCAAUUAAUAUAUAUGUAUAAUUAUUACAAAAUGUAUAAAUAUACAUAUGUGCUUAUUUAGUUUAGUUCAGGCCGCUUCUCUCUGCCUUGAGUAAAGGUGCGCGUAUCAAGUUUAACAAAUUGUUAAUGGCUAUUUUGAUUUGUUUAUUCAAUUGUUAUUAAUUUUUGUUUGAAUCACAUUUACUUUGGAAAGAGCAGAAGCAGUGCAUAGAAAAAGAUUGCAAAUGUAUUACAUUUAUAAGUCAGCAACACACGCAAGCAAAAGAAAAUUUAUGAAUCGAAAUUUAAAUUAUGAACCAUUUGUAACACACAAUAGCAGCAAAAACAAAAGCAAAAACAACAACAAGUUAAACAGAAACAAUUCUAGUUAUAACGAACAAAUGAACAAGCAUUCAAGAAUUCAAUUUUUAUUAUUGACAAUUAACAACUGCAACAACAACAUGCAAUCGAUGUUAAUAAUUUUUGAAAAGAUAAAAACAAAAAAAAAAACAAAAACAAAAAAGAAAUAUACAACAACAGAAUACACAAUGAGAAAAAUUAUUAUACAAUUGCAAAUGCAAAUUAACACUCAAAGUAAGGAAAGUGAAAAUAUGUGAAAA